AUGAGUGAAAAGUCAACUUUUGAAUUAAAAUAUCUUUAUGCCGGUGGUGUUGCUGGUGUCGUCUCGAGAACUCUCACAGCACCACUUGAAAGAUUAAAAAUUCUAAAUCAAGUUCAACCACUAUUAGAAAACGGUACGAAAUAUAAUAGUAUAGGCAGUGGAAUCAAAACGAUUUGGCAAGAAGAAGGAUUCAUAGGACUAUUUAGAGGAAAUGGUGUCAAUGUACUCAAAGCAGGACCACAAUCUGCAAUUAGAUUCUUUUCGUAUGAAGCUUUUAAAAAUAUAAUCUCAGAAGAUAAGAAAUUAACUACUACACAACAGAUGUGGGCUGGUGCAUGUGCAGGUGUGACAUCGGUGACAGCCACCUACCCGUUGGAAGUGGUGAAAACACACCUCUCAUUACCGAUCGGAAAGUAUCCAGAGGUCAAAUCGACGUUGCAUUAUCUUGCUGUUAUUCAACGUCACGAUGGUAUCAUUGGACUGUUUAGAGGUCUAUCAGCUGCUAUCGUCAACAUAGCACCAUUCUCUGCAAUCAAUUUCACUGCAUACGAAGCUUGUAAGAAAUAUGGUACAAUUUUAUAUAAUAAAUCAUUAAAUAAUAAUAAUAAUAAUAAUAAUAAUAAUAAUAGUAAUAGUAAUAGUAAUAAUAUAUAUAAACAAACAAUAACAACAACAACAACAACAACACCACCUGUUUAUUUUUCAACAAUAUAUGGUGCAAUAUCAGGUGCAUUUUCAAUGACAAUACUUUAUCCAUUAGAUGUUAUCAAAAGAAGAAUCAUGUUACAACGAAUACGAGUCGGUGCACCACGAUAUAAGAACUUUAUUCACUGUGCCUAUGUAAUCAUUAAAGACGAAGGUGUCUCUGCACUCUAUCGUGGAAUUAAGCCUGCCUAUGCAAAGGUAAUCCCAACCGUUAGUUUAAAUUUUGGAAUAUACGAAUUUGCUUUAUUAUUAUUUCCAAAUAAAUAA